AAGCCGGGGCGUGGCCGGUGGUUGAGCGGGAUCCCGGGCCGCCAUGAGGAGGCUUGGAGUCCGAAGGGAUGGUGGCUUGAGGCGCCCCUUGGGGCUACCCCUGCCCCUGAAGCUGCCGCCGCCUCCGACGCUGCCGUUGCUGCUGCUGCUGCUGCUGCUUUUGCUGUUGAACCUGCCCGGCUCUCGGGCCAACAAACUCAAUGUGCCAAAGGUGCUGCUGCCCUUUGGUCGCGAGCCUGGCCGGGUGCCCUUCCUGCUGGAGGCCGAACGGGGUUGCUACAUCUGGCAUUCUACCCAUCAUGAUGCAGUCACCGUUGAACCUCUGUAUGAAAAUAGUACCUUUUGUUCCCAAAGAGCUAUGCUUAUUGCUGAAUCUACUCAACCAAUACGCCUUAGCAGUGUUAUUCUAGCCCGAGAAAUAGUGACUGACCAUGAACUGCGCUGUGAUGUUAAGGUUGAUGUGAUAGGCAGCAUUGAAAUUGUAUCUCGAACUCGGGAACUGUAUGUGGAUGAUUCUCCGCUGGAAUUGAUGGUGAGAGCAUUGGAUGCUGAAGGAAACACAUUCAGUAGUUUGGCAGGGAUGAUGUUCGAGUGGAGUAUUACCAAGGAUAACGAAUCGGAAAGGGUAGAGCUGUCUAGCAAAAUUAGGAUUCUGAAAUACUCUGAAGCUGAAUAUUCUCCACCAAAAUAUAUAGCCGAGAUGGAAAAAACAGGGAAACAAGGGGAUAUGAUUCUGGUAUCUGGAAUUAGGACAGGUGCUGCGGUUAUAAAAGUUCGUAUACAUGAACCCUUCUAUAAGAAAGUGGCACCUGCAUUGGUACGUCUGCUUGUUUUGGAGAAUAUAUUCCUUAUACCAUCUCAUGAUAUUUACCUUUUGGUAGGAGCUUAUAUCAAAUACAGAGUUGCCAAGAUAGUCCAAGGGAAAAUGACAGAGGUCAUUUUCCCCCUGGAACAUUAUGAGCUUGAAUUGCAAGAUCAUAAAGUUGCAUUUACUAUGAAUGUUUCUGAUAAAGUAGCCUUGCUGGAUGAGAAAAAAGCCAUAGUAACUGCCAUCCAACUGGGACAGACUAAUCUGGUCUUUGUCCAUAAGAAUAUCCAUAUGCGGUCUGUGUCUGGACUCCCAAAUUGUACCAUCUACAUUGUAGAGCCUGGAUUUUUAGGUUUCACUGUCCAACCUGGAGACCGUUGGAGUCUGGAAGUGGGACAAAUCUAUAUCAUUGCAGUUGAAGUGUAUGAUAAAAGUAGCACCAAGGUCUAUGUGUCUGAUAAUCUCAGGAUGAUGCACUACUUUCCACCAGUGUAUUUUGAAGAAUUGGCAUCCACCAUCAAUGGCUCUUAUCAUGUAGUCAGAAUUCUUAGAGAUGGUGUCACAGUAAUUAAAGCUGCCCUCACUGGAAUCAUUUAUCAGGAUAAUUCUCGAUAUUCCUUAGAUGAUCAAAUUAGCCACCAGCAAGAAGUGAAGAUUUACUUUCCCAUUAAGCUGACACCCACCUUUUUAGCAUUUCCUCACCAUCCCAUGGAAAUGGUCUAUCGGUACAAAGUGAAGGUCGAAGGUGGUAGUGGCAACUUUACCUGGACCUCUUCCAAUGAAACAGUGGCAAUGGUAACCAUAAAGGGAGUGGUGACUGCAGGCCAAGUGAAGGGCAAUAGCACUGUUCAGGCCAGAGAUGUACAAAAUCCCUUCCGUUAUGGAGAAAUAAAGGUAUAUGUUCUGAAGCUGAACAAGAUGAAACUCUUGCCCUUUCAUGCUGAUGUGGAGAUUGGCCAAAUCAUAGAAAUCCCUAUUGCUAUGUACCACAUAAACAAGGAGACCGGGGGUGUCAUGGCAUUCACAGACUGCUCUCUCUUAUCUCUGGAUGUGAGCAUGGAUAAGCAAGGGGUCUUUACUCUUCUCAAAGAAGGUAGUACCCCAAAGUCAGGCCCAGCAUUCUGUUCCAGUGUCCACAUAGCAGCCAAGUCCUUGGGCCACACCCUGGUGACAGUGAGUGUAAUUGUGUAUGAAGAAUACUUGGAGAGCAGUGCCACAUUUGCUGCUUAUGAACCACUUAAGGCUGUGAAUCCAGUGGAGGUGGCAUUGGUGACAUGGAGGUCUGUGAAGGAGAUGGUGUUUGAAGGGGGGCCUGGGCCAUGGAUUUUGGAGCCUUCAAGAUUCUUUUUGGAACUGAGUGUGGAGAACGAAAGGAAGAUCAGUGUAUCACAAGUCCGGCUACCAGCAAAGAGAAAACAGAACCAAUAUAUCUACCGGAUACUGUGCUUGGAAUUAGGAGAACAAGUGCUGACAUUCCGCAUUGGAAAUCAUCCAGGAGUCUUGAACCCUAGCCCUGCUGUGGAGAGGGUACAAGUACGUUUUAUUUGUGCCCACCCUGCCAGCAUGUCUGUAACUCCAGUAUACAAAGUACCCAUAGGGGCCCAGCCAUGCCCAUUGCCACAGCACAACAAACAACUGAUUCCUGUGUCAAGCUUGAGGGACACUGUCCUUGAAUUGGCUGUGUUUGACCAGCACCGGAGGAAGUUUGAUAACUUCAGCUCCCUAAUGUUGGAAUGGAAAACCUCUAAUAUAACUCUUGCCUACUUUAAGAAUUAUAAAGUAAUGUUGAUGGUAGCCAAAGAUGAUGGAAGUGGACAAACCAGACUACAUGGUCACCAGAUUCUGAAGGUUCACCAGCUCAAAGGAACUGUACUCAUUGGAGUUGAUUUUGUAGGCUAUUCUAAACCACGUAGCCCAAAAGAACUCUCCAAUUUGCCCAGGUCAGCCACUGUGGAACUGCUCCUGGUGGAGGAUGUGACUGUGGUGCCUGAGAAUGCCAUAAUAUAUAAUCACCCUGAUGUGAAGGAAAUAUUUAGUCUUGUGGAGGGAUCUGGUUAUUUUCUGGUCAAUAGCAGUGAACAAGACAUUGUCACCAUCGCCUACAUGGAAGCUGAGAGUUCUAUUCAGGUGGUCCCGUUACAUCCUGGAUUUCUCACCUUGGAAGUCUAUGAUCUGUGCCUGGCUUUCUUAGGCCCAGCGCUGGCCCAUCUACGGGUGUCAGACAUGCAGGAGCUGGAGGUGGACCUGAUUGACAAAGUUGAGAUUGGGAAGUCUGUAUUAGUGACAGUAAGAGUUCUAGGCUACUCCAAACGCCCAUUCCGAAAUAAGUACUUCAGAAAUAUGGACCUAAAACUUCAAUUGGCUUCUACCAUAGUCACCCUAACGUUCAUGGAGGAACAAGAUGAAUACUCUGAAAGCUAUAUUCUUCGAGCUGUCACCAUUGGGCAAACCACAUUGGUUGCUAUUGCCAGGGAUAAGAUGGGAAGAAAGUUCACAUCAACCCCCCGACAGAUUGAAGUUUUUCCUCCAUUCAGACUUGUUCCAGAAAAAAUGACACUGAUUCCAACCAACAUGAUGCAGGUAAUGUCAGAAGGUGGACCUCAGCCUCAGUCUAUCAUUCACUUCUCCAUCAGUAAUCAGACUGUGGCUGUUGUUAAUAGGCGGGGACAGGUCACAGGGAAAGUGGUUGGCACAGCUGUGGUGCAUGGAACCAUCCAGACAGUAAAUGAAGAUACUGGCAAAGUCAUUGUAUUUUCUCAGGAUGAAGUGCAGGUAGAAGUUGUCCAGCUUAGGGCUGUAAGGAUCCUUGCAGCUGCCACACGUCUUAUCACAGCUACAGAGAUGCCUGUCUAUGUCAUGGGGGUAAGCAGUACCCAGACUCCUUUCUCCUUCAGCAAUGCAAACCCUGGACUCACAUUCCACUGGUCAAUGAGCAAACGAGAUGUACUGGACCUGGUACCCAGACAUUCUGAGGUCUCCCUGCAGCUCCCAGAAGAAAAUAAUUUUGCCAUGACAGUCCAUACUAAAGCAGCAGGGCGGACCAGCAUCAAAGUCACCGUGCGCUGUAUGAACAUCUCGUCUGGGCAGUUUGAGGGGAGUUUAUCAGAACUGUCAGAUGAAGUCCAGAUCUUGGUAUUUGAAAAGCUUCAGCUUUUCUGUCCAGAAUGCCCAGCAGAACAAAUUCUGAUGUCUAUGAAUUCUCAGCUCAAACUGCAUACCAACAGGGAAGGAGCUGCCUUUGUAAGCUCCAGGGUUCUCAGGUGUUUCCCCAAUUCAUCUGUAAUUGAGGAGGAUGGCCAAGGGCUCCUGAAAGCUGGGGCUAUCGCAGGGACUGCUGUAUUAGAAGUCACUUCUCUGGAGCCUUUUGGAGUCAAUCAGACAGCUAUAACUGGAGUCCAGGUAGCACCAGUGACAUACUUGCGCAUGAGUACUCACCCCAAACUCUACACUGCUCCUGGAAGGGUCCUAUCAGCAUUUCCCUUGGGCAUGUCUCUCACCUUCACUGUCCAGUUCUAUGACAGUAUUGGAGAGAAAUUCCACACACACAACACACAACUCUACUUGGCCCUGAACAGAGAUGACUUGUUGCUGAUUGGACCAGGGAAUAAAAAUUAUACUUAUAUGGCACAGGCUGUUAACAGGGGAGUGACUCUUGUUGGGCUCUGGGACCAGAGACACCCAGGUAUGGCUGAUUAUAUCCCUGUUACUGUGGAGCAUGCCAUCGAUCCAGACACCAAGCUGACCUUUGUAGGAGAUGUAAUCUGCUUCAGCACUUACCUCGUCAACCAGGAUGGUGAGCCUGGGAUGUGGAUGAUUUCAGCUGACAAUAUUCUGCAAACAGACUCCAUCUCUGGGGCAGUAGUGGCUAGGGGUCCAGGAACAGCAACAGUCUUUUAUGAUAUUCCUGGAGUAGUGAAAACCUAUCGAGAGGUGGUUGUUAAUGCUUCUUCAAGAUUAACUCUCAGCUAUGACCCCAAGACCUACCUCACCAAUACCCCUAAUUCAACUGUAUUCAGACUUUUCAUCACUGCUGGCAGGAAUGGUGUCAACCUCAAAGGUCAGGAAGGUGUCUCUGGGUCUGGGUUCCUGUACUUCAUCGCAGGCCUCUGCCAUCACAAACAUGCUUCUUCCUGAAACUCUUAUGCUCUGUCAUGUACAGUUUAGUAAUACAAUGCUAGACAUUCCAGCAAGCAAAGUUUUCCAUGUUCAUUCAAAUUUCAGCAUUGACAAAGGUAAGCUCUGCCAGGUAUAGUCGGUUUUUUUCUUCUCCUUACUUCUUUAUAUAAUUGCCAGUUCAUCAUUGGAUCAAAACUGUGUUUGCCGGUAUCAUUUCAUAUACACAAACUAGAAUAAUAUUCACUUAACAUUUUCAAGUACCUACCCUGGAACCUUAAUACACAUUAUUUAAACUGGCAUCCAAGAAACUUGUACUCAUUGCCACCUCUAUUCCACUAACCCCAUUUUUUAUCCUUCAAAAACAAUUAGCUAGUUCCAAUGCCCUUGGCUCUUUUCUUUCUUUCUUUCUUUUUUUUAAACCCUUAGAAUCUAUAUUGGUUCCAAGGCAGAAGAGUAUUAAGGGCUAGGCAAUGGGGAUUAAGUGAUUUGCCCAGGUCACACAGCUAAGAAGUAUCUGAGGUUAGAUUUGAACCCAGGACCUCCCAUCUCCAGGCUUGGCUCUUUCUACUGAGCUGCCUAGCUCCCACUGUCUUUGCCUUUAUACAUCGUAUUCUUUUUGGUGGGAUUGCCCUUCUUUACAUCUUUUCAUUAAUCCAUACCAUUCAUUUCCUUCAAAAUGAGUUCAUUUUAAGAACUGUUUGCUAAGUACUUUCUAUAUAUAUAAAUAACCUGUGGUGAACAAUGAGGAGGAAAUACAGAAAUUAGAGAUAGCUGGUGGCACAGUAGUUACAAUGCUAGAAUCAGGAAAUGCUCAACUCCAGCCUCAGAUACAUAAUAGCUGUGUGACCCUGGGGAAGUAAUUUAACUUUUAUUUGCUUCAGUUUCAACAGUUGUAAAAUGAAAAGAAUAAUAGCAACUCUCUCAUAAGCACAGUGCCUGGUACGUGGUAGGGUAAUAUACAAAUGCUUAUUCUCUUCUCUUAUUCCCCAUGUUCUGAAGAACACACUUCACAUGCGUGUAUACAUAUGGAUAUAUAUAUGAUACAUCCCAAUACCACUAAAAAGCAAUAUAUUCUUAAGUACCAAAAUUAGUAACAUAGCUAAAAUUCAGGAAUUGAAAGAGGAAAAAAAAUUCAUAUGGAUUGAGAAUGGAAUUUGCAUUUCCUAACAAGUCUUAAAAUACAGAAGUAUACCGAAAAUCAAAGAGCAAGGAAUACCUGAAAAGGUAAAUAUUAAGGAAAGGGGAAAAAAUGUUAUCUUCUUUUACUCAAACUCUCUUCUAUAAGGACUACAUUUAUAUCAACCUAUGUAUACUAAUAUGUGGGGAAAAUGUAAUGUAUAAAUAGGGGGUAAAGAAAGACCAAAUAGAAUAA